AUGGACGACCCCAGCCCACCGCCCGCCCCCGCAGAGCCCUCCCCACCACCACCGCCGCCGACCACGACGGGCUCACCCACCGACUUCCUCAAGGGCGUCGUCGGAAAACGCGUCGUCGUCCGCCUCACCUCCGGCGUCGACUACCGUGCAGGCCUGCUCUCGUGCCUGGACGGGUACAUGAACAUCGCCCUCGAGCAGACCGAGGAGCAUGUCGGUGGGACGCUCACGAAUCGCUAUGGGGAUGCGUUCAUUCGCGGGAAUAAUGUGCUCUAUAUAUCGGCCGCUGAGCCGCUCUAG